GGGAUAAUCGCGGAUCGUGUGCUGAGGGAAGGGACGGUGUCUCUCCAGGGGUGCCUUGGGAAGGUGGCGGCAGUGGCCUCCAGCCAGAUCCAAUGUUGUGGGCGCCUCUGUCCUGUGGGUUUAAUCCGAUACCGAGAAGCGGCAGGAUGAGAGGACAUGGCCCCAGGUUGCGCCAGGGAAGGCUUAGUUUGGACAUUAGAAAGAAUUUGGUCACAGAAAAGGUGAUCAGACAUUGGAACGAUGUCCGGCAAAGUGGGGGAGUCACUGUCCUGGAGGUGUUUAAGGAAAGAUGGGGCGAGGCACGCCGUGCCAUGGGGGUGGGUGCUCGAUGAUCCCGGAGAUCUUUUCCAGCCGAUUCGAUUCUCUGGUUCUGAGACCCACAGCACCCCCAGGAGAAGCAGGGGGAUGCUGAGGGCUCUGGAUGAGGGAUUUCUCCUGUGCACAGGGACUUUGUGGAGAUUGGGAUACUGUGCCAGACUACUGAAAACUAAUCAUUUUAGAACAGCUGCAUCAAAUCCAUCAUUUCCAGCAGUUUGGAUGCUAUUGGCACAACAUUCUGGCACAAUACCUGGGCUCUUUGUAGUAGUUCAAAAAAACACUUUGUUCACAAUGCCCGAAACCGUGGAGGAUAAAACUAAUCCAGAACUGUAUCUGCCACAUCCUGGAGUGCGUGGGAUGACAGUGCUCAACAGAGAGGCUUUCAAAAGGACUCUGGUUGUUCCAGCUCUUAAAGUCAGGAAGGAAAUUGUGCACAGAGUGCUGAAGUCCCUGAAACAAUCGGUACUGAAGCGCCCCGGCCUCAAGCGCGUGGUGGAGGACCCAGAGGAUGAGGACAGCAGAUUUGUUAUCCUGGAUCCUCAUCAAGUGCCAGAUUUCUCAUUAGGGGAGUCAGAGCAGCAGGCCCUGAGGGAGCUCAGUGUCCCUGCUGAGGUGUGCAAGCACCAGCUGGAGCUGAGCUACGAGAAUUUCAAGUCGGAGGAGAUCCUGAGGGCCGUCCUUCCCCAGGGCCAGGAGGUCACCUCUGGCUUCAGCCGUGUGGGCCACAUUGCUCACCUGAACCUCAGGGACCACCAGCUGCCCUACAGACACCUCAUUGGCCAGGUGAUAAUGGACAAGAAUCCAGGAGUCACCUGUGUAGUGAAUAAAACCAACAUUAUUGACAGCACAUACAGGAACUUUGAAAUGGAAGUGCUUGCUGGAGAGAGCAACCUGGUGACCAAGGUCAAAGAAAAUAACAUUUCCUACGAGCUGGACUUCUCCAAGGUGUACUGGAACCCGCGGCUGUCCACGGAGCACGGCCGCAUCGUGGCGCUGCUCAGGGCCGGCGAUGUUCUGUUCGAUGUCUUUGCCGGCGUCGGCCCUUUCGCCAUCCCGGCGGCCAAGAGGAGGUGCCGGGUGUUUGCCAACGACCUCAACCCCGACUCCUACUCCUGGCUGCUGCACAACUGCCGGCUCAACAAAGUGCACAGCCAGGUGAAGGCGUUCAACAUGGACGGCAGGGCCUUCCUGCGGGGGCCGGUGAGGGAGGAGCUCAGCAAAGAGCUCCCGCUGCUGGGGGAGGAGCACCAAACCGCGUUCCACAUCGUGAUGAAUCUGCCAGCCCUGGCUGUGGAGUUCCUGGAUGUCUUCAGGCAUCUCUUGGUGGGGGAGCCCUGCAGCCCUGCCGGCCUCCCCACUGUGCACUGCUAUGGCUUCUCCAAGCACAGCGACCCAGCCAGGGACAUCCAGGAGCGGGCAGAGGCCGUGCUGGGAACCUCCUUGGCCGGGCGCUGCUCCACCUUCCUGGUCAGGAACGUGGCACCCAACAAGGAGAUGCUGUGCCUCAGCUUCCAGCUCCCAGCAGAUGUGCUCUACAAGAGGCCCUGCCCUGAGGAAGCAAAACCAGCCUCAAAACGUCUCUGUACCAGCCAAGAUUGUUCAGAAGAGAAGGCACUGAGUUGAAGACUAUGGUGACUGCCUUAGUUUGUGUAAGGGAUAUUUGGGGUGUCUCUGGUUUACCCCUUGAGUUAUGAGGAGCAGAGCUGUGUUCCCAUCGAGUUGCAGCUUUAUUUUGGGGGCCUUGCUUCCUGCAGUUACCUUUUCUUCUCAUUGUGGGAUCGACUGAAAUUGCUACUACAAAAAAUUAAAGCUUUAUUCUCUUAUAAUAAAUGUGUUUUGGUACUUCCCUGCUCUCUGUUGUUUCACACCCUGUGCUAACUCAGUGGCAGGGCCUGGGGUGGUUUUCUGCUGUAUCAUUUUGAUGAUGUGCAAGUUGUGGGGAGAACAGACUUUUGUGUCUUGUCAGGCCUGGGAAGGUGAGUGAUACAACCCCUGCCCUGGAUUCUCCCUGACAGAUGUGUUCUGCUUUCAGAAUAUUGGGUUGUGCUUAGCAGAUGCACAAACAGCUCUUGUGUAAGCAAGGUAACCUUUCAAAAGCUUAACCUGAGAUACCAAAAAGGCCUGAUAGCCCAACAUCCUGAGGUUUUGAGUAAAAAAUUCUUUUUAACACCAAGAUUUAGUUAGGGAUUAGUUGACUCCUAACUCUGUGUUUGCCCAUGGUUAGAGCCAGAAAGACUUUAAUGUCUUUUGCAUGUUUGCAGAUGAAGUUUAUGCUCUCAUUGCUGAAACCAGCACCUGAAAAACAGUUCUGUCCUCCUGACACCGUGUCCUGCCAUGGCUUCUGUGCCUCUGCCCUCUCCAGCUCUCCCCACCUCUGCCUGCUCCCCUGCUGCAGUCCCUGGAUGAUCUUUCUGCCUGGCUGCUUGUAUUCUGUGGGGAUUUGAAAAGCCUGUGCCUUUGAUUUCCUUUUCUUACCCAUCCAAACUAUUGUUGGGCAAUGUCAACCACAAACAGUUUCUUUGGCCGGAGCACUCGGCUCGCCCUCUCCGUUUCAGAUAUUUUCCCUCAGCCCAGGCUCUGAGCUCACACCCAGCCACCAGAUGUGUGUCACCCUCGUGGCCCUGCUGCUGUGGCCCCAGCCCUGAGCCUGCUGCAUUUUUGGUUCUCACCCAAACACCACCGAGGGCCGCGGGUUUGUUUUGCUGGUGGUUCUGUGUGCCGGCCUUUCCUUCCCUUGGCUGCACAGCUGUGUUGGGAGUGAGCCCUCGAGCUGCAUUCCUGCAGGAUCUCAUUUAUCCAUCCCCAGGGAGGCUGUCCUGCCUCACCUGAGUAUCCUGAUCCCUGCCUGGCCUGCACUGAGCCCCAGACUCCUGCUCAGCCCUGCAGCUCCAGCCCAUGCUCUCCUCCCAGGCACGGCUGUGCUGGGGUUCUGUCCCUGCUCUGCUGCUCUCCAGCUGCUGCCUCCCACUUCCCACAAACAUCUGAAGGCAGCUCCUGUUCUCCAGGGCUCCCACCAGCACUGCUGGAGUGGUAAGGCACUGACUGAACCACUCUGGGAUGGUGCAGCCACCCUGGGAUCCCUGUGACUUCACAGCCCCAGUUCAGGGCUUGGCACCACUGCACCAACCCAAACCAUUUCUGGGCCAAAAUAUGUAACUCUGAUUUUCACUACAGUGUCAGGGCAGGGAAGGAUUUAAAGUGGUAAAUUUUUUUCUCCCUGAAGAACCAAAUGCCAGUGUUAUUCCAGCAGCAUAACUUCAGUUCAGAUACCAGUCUAGCAGAUACAUCACUGUGCUCAUAACCAGGGAUUUUCCAGCUUUCUGUGCAGCUGCCAGUUCUGUGUACACGAAAUGACAUAAUAAAUAACAGCCAAGCUACACACAAAUUAAUGAGUGUAUUGAAAUUAUGAAUAUUAAUAUGCAUAUGCAGUUCUGCAUUCAUUAGGGCAUGACCUGGGGCUUUACAGAGUGAAUCUGAAGAGAUCAUUGGUGAUCUUUGCCAGCCUGGGUGAGCCUGGGAGAGGAAAGAAAGGAGAAUAGAGGAGGGAAAGAUCUGAUCUUACCUCUGCCUUCUGGAACAUUCCUUGUCAGCAGCUGUUCUGGGCACAACCAGGGGGAUUUCAAAGGGCAAUGGAAAUUUUGCCAUCUCCCCCCAUUUUCUUUAAAAAGAAAACACCAAGUCUGGAAUAGAUCUCAUUCAUCUCUUUAUUACAGCAUAGAAAAAUUACAUCCAUCUAGUGCACUCUCAGAGCAGGACUCAGCAGCUCUAAAACAUGGCCCAGGGUGGCUGUGCUGAGCAGCCUCCCACCCCCUGCCCUUGGUCACAGCUCCAUCACAGGGAGCAGGCCAGGAAUGCAGAAAGGAUCCCAUCGGGUGGCAGGGACCAUCCCCAAAGCCAGAGGGAUGUUCCCACCUAAAGAAACUCCUGAGUUUAUGACAGAAAAGUUGCAAAUGGAGAUAAACAGGAAAAAGCAAACAUACAAAGGCAAAACAAACAAAUCCCAAAAGGGAACCCCACAAUUUUGACUACUUCAGUGACUUUGUCAUGUACUGGCAUUUCUUAGAUUGCUUCUAGAGCACCUCAGCUGAAAGACCUUGAGCUAAAGCUUUUUUCCCAAGCAAAGGUAAGAACCAGUGACACAGGGAGGAAGGAUCCCACACAAGAGCUGUGUCAGCAUAUUUCCAGAGUUUCUUGUCUCAUCCAGCUGGCAGGAGGAAAAACCCACUUGUCUAAACUGGGAAAACUAGUUUUAUGGGAAGAA